AUGGUUCCAGAUUGCCCGGAGCCAGUUCCACGCGGCUAUGCGAAAACGGAGGAUGGCUGGCGAUGUGCCCCAGGUUACGGUGGCACGGUGCUCAGCAGCUGCACGACAUGUGGGAGGCUCGUGCUUCGUGGUUGCACACCGGCCAUCCCAUGCAAGCUGGCCGAAGUUGAGGACCCCUGCCGCUACAACGCGACAGACUGCUCUACGUCCAUUGGCGCUGGGGAGUCCUGCAUGAUCACCUGCGGCAACGCGUACCAAGGAGAGCCUACGAUUGCGUCGUGCCCUGCCGAUAACGUCGAUCCUGAACGGCAAGCUGACUUAGAGCUGCCUGAGUGCACCCUAUUCUGCGCGGAUCCGGACCCUAUGCCCGAAGGUUAUGUGAGGAGGGUGGACUCGUGGGGCAACCGUUGGUUCGAUUGCGCCUCCGGCUAUGUCGGCCAAGCGCAGGGUCAAUGCCUCCUCGACGGCUGCGCGACAAGCUUACACCUCUCGGGGUGCCUGAAGCUGCAGCCCUGCUUGCCGCUGCAGCUGCCGCACUCCGAGCGCUACGAGAUGUCAGGCUGUGAAAGCGUCCAGCCUGGCCAGAGCUGUUCCGUGCGCUGCCGCGACCCCUGGAUGGGUCCGCAGGCCUCGGCCAGCUGCCCAGAAAACAACCUGGACCCAAACCAGCAGCUGAUCGUGCCUGAGGACUGGUACCUCGACAGGCACGGUAUCAUGUACAACAGUAUCUGGCCACCCAAGUGCUCUUUGCGAUGUGAUUCGCUUAGCCCUGGCUACGAGAAGGCACUCGGGGGCCACUGGAAGUGUACGGCUGGCUUCAUCGGUGAGGCUGUGACAAAGACCUGCACACAGCGAGGCACCUGCAACCAGGCCGUGGUACUUGAGGGCUGCAAAGAGCUGCUGCCUUGUACCAUCCCUGGCUUGGAUGCUUGCAAAUACGAUGUCAGUGGUUGCGGAGGAUUCCAGCGCGGCACCAGUUGUGAGGUGAGGUGUCGUGCCCCCUUCAACGGCACAGCAAGCAUCAUGCGGUGUCCACAGAACAACACCGAGCCUGAAGGAGGUCUCAUUGGUGAGUUACCAGAGUGUGAGAUUGAGGAGUGCGUGGAUCCCGUUCCAGUACCACCAAACUACAUGCCGAUCGAUGCCGCUGCAGGCUUGUGGAGCUGUUCUCCAGGCUACACAGGACACGCCGAGAAGCGAUGCGUCGCAGAGCUCCGGGAGGAGCCGGAGCUGAAGCAGGAACGCUUCAACCAGUAUGGGAUGCGCCAGCCGGAGUGUGCUGUGCGAGGCUUCCUGGAGGGCUGCGUGGUAGCCGAGCCCUGUGCGCCACUCGUCAUCGAGGACACGUGCAUGUUCCGUGCUACGUCCUGCAAUGCGCAAGUUCAGGAGGGUCGCCUGGUCAUCGCGUCCCUCCAGCCAGGCGAAAGUUGCGAGGUGAUCUGCAAGCCUCCCUACAAGGCGAAGAGCGGCUGGGUGCAGUGCCCUUCAACGAACACGAACAUCACAACCCCUCCGGUCUGGAUUCCGCCUGACUGUGAGCUGGGCUGUCCCAAUGUGGCACCUCCACCCGGCUACGUCCAUGGCUCUUUCGAUGAUUGGUACUCAGAUGAGAACGCCACCAACGAGUCGGAGGACAUGUGGACGGUUGCAGACGGAGACUGGACGUGUGCACCAGGCUUCACGGGCAGUGCCUCGAGGACCUGCCGCCUGCUGAGUGGAUGUGACAGUGAGACUUCUUUCAGCGGAUGUUCCAGGCUCCUCCCGUGUCUGCCACUUCAGUGGCAGGCUUGUGGGGUGAACGAAAGCGCCUGUGCACGAGCGCUGCUGCCGGGAGAGUCCUGUAACAUCACCUGCGUGGAAGGCCACGUCGGUGGUCCUUUCGGGGCCACUUGCCCUGAGGGCAACACUCGACCAGGGAGGCCUCUGCAAUUCCUGUCGGGGCCUCCGGUGUGUGAAAGGAUGUUUCCAGAGGGUGGCUGCUACGUCCCUGUCCAACCUCCACCAGGCUACGUUCGGCCAAGCAACACAAGCAACUGGACUUGUGCCGAAGGCUUUGUGGGCUCUGCCGAGGAGGUGUGCGAGCAGCCCACAGGCGACUGCGGUAACGAGCUGCAACUGCGGGGAUGCAACCAGCAGCAGCCUUGCAAGACGCUGGAACUGGAGAGCUGCUACUACGAAGCGAUAGGCUGCGCGGGGCUGAUGGGCGGCCAGUCCUGUCAGGUCCACUGCCGUUCACCAUCGAUCGGCACGCCUGUCUGGGCAACGUGUCCUGUGGGAAAUGUGGACCCGGAGCAGGAACCAACAUUUCUGCCUCCAACGUGUCGCAUACCGGACUGCGAUCUCCCAGAUGAAUUGCCAGAGGGCUAUGAGAUGCGGGAGGACAUCCAAAAUGGCACCCUUCUCUGUGCGGACAAGUUUGCUGGUCGGCCGCAGGUCACAUGUGACUUCGAUGAAGACUGCAACAUAAUUGCUCGUCUGGCGGGCUGCUUGCCCCUGCAGCCCUGCGCCGGACCAGCUAGUCUGGAUGCUUGCAGGUACAGCAUCAAUGUUUGCACGGAUGGACCUCUGUUGGAUGUGCCUGGUGGCAGUGAUGGCUACCAAACCGUGAAACCUGGCGGGGAGUGUCAAGUGAGUUGCCGCAGUGUCUUUGUCGGUCCGGCCACGGUGGGAAAAUGCCCACUGAACAACACUGAUGCUACGCAGCCGCUGAUCUAUGAUCCUCCGUUGGGCUGCGAGUGCCCGGACGAUCUGGUGCAGUGGCCAGAAGGCUACAAUCAGACAGGCGUCAUCAGCAACGAUGGUCCUGAGCAGGAGGGCAGCUGGUACUGUGAAGAAGGCUACGGAGGCGUGCCCCAGGUAACGUGCACUCUUGAUGCGGGCUGCGAGCCCGAGAUUUCGUUUCAGGGCUGUGCGCCCUUGCAAACCUGCAAGCCCAUGAAUCUCACUGUGGCCCAAUGCCAGUAUGACAUCUCGAACUGCACAUCUCGCUUAGAUGGAGGCGAGACCUGCGAGGUUCUUUGCAGACUCCCAGCUGUGGGAGAGGGUGUGAUUGCGACUUGCCCAGAAGAGAAUACAGUUCCCGAUCAAGAGCUGGUGAUGGCAGUUCCGGAUCCCCUGACCGCUGGACAAAUCGUAUAUUUGCCCUUUCAGUUUCCAGUCUGCGAGACUCCGUCGUUUUGCCCGGAUCCGAAUCCUUUAACUCUUGGCUACGUCAGGACUGGAAUAGAAGGUGGGCCAGGCGAGGAGAACUACGCGUGUGCUGAUGAGUAUUCGGCUUCGCCGCGUGUGAAGCGGACCUGCGUUAUGUCAAAUACAUCGGAUCCAUUGGCCCCGUGCUUGCUUGAGCCGGUCUUUGAGGGAUGUCUUCCCAUCGUUAACUGCAGCGGCAUUGACGAGCGGAUGAUCGACACCUGCCGCUACGAUGUCUCCAACUGCCCCGAGUACUUCGAACCAGGUUCGGGAUGUGAGGUUUCAUGCCGAGCGCCCUUCUACGUCGGUGCCGGUGCAGCUUUGGCUUCCUGCCCCAGUGAUAACACGGAUCCAGAGAAGCAGAUCGAGUUUCCUGCAGACUUGGUAUGCGCAAAGGCCUGCCCAGAACCUGAUCCUAUUCCUGCGGGCUAUGAGAAGGUGAAUGGCGAAUGGCGGUGUGCGCUUGGCUACCUCGGGUCUGCUGUCGCGGAGUGCAUUGUCGAGUCAAUCUUCAGCAGCAGUACAAGGGCUGUUGUUUGUUCUGCUCGCUUGGAUCUCACUGGCUGUGAUCCCACGGCAUCCUGUCAGCCUCCCACGUUGGAUCAGUGUAUCUAUGAUGUGUCGGACUGUCUCAGCGUGAUCGGUGGGACGAAUUGCUCGCUUCGAUGCCGGAGUCCCCCUUACGAGGGCACUCCGGUAAAUGCCUCUUGUCCCGUGGGGAACCUGGACCCCUUUCGCGCUGUUGACUUCGAACCACCGACCUGUGAGCUGCGCUGUCCAGUGCAGGAGGUGUUACCGGAUGGCUACAACUACACCAACGGGAGCUAUGUUUGCCUUGACGAUUGGUUCGGAUCGGCUGUGGCAGAGUGCAUCACGAAUGACGAGGACUGCACCUUUGGCGUCGCUCUGUCAGGGUGUGGACAAAGUUCUCCUUGCGUGGGCUUGCCGUCCAACACCACCGACGGAUGCUAUUUUGACGUAUCUCCCCAGGCCUGCCUGGCGGAGGACCCAACCUUCCCACAAGCCAACUUCGGACGUGGCCCAGGAGGCAGCUGUACGGUGAGCUGCCGGCCCCCUUGCUCCGCUCCGGAAGGCGUUCAGACUAUGAUCUGCCCGGCUUCAAACCUCAAUGCGCAGCUGCCGCUGCAGGGCAUUCUUCCCAACUGCUCCUUCGACUGCGAUCCAACGGACCGAAAUGGCGGCUAUGCAAAGGGCGCCGACGGGGAAUGGCGGUGUGCUGAAGGCUUUGCUGGCGAGGUCGUGCCUUACUGCAUGGCCGGCAAUGUCUGUGCGGACCAGCUGGCCCUGACUGGAUGCGCUCAACAGCAGCCGUGCCUAGCUCCUGUUGUCGAUGAAGCUCCAUGCCUUUUCGAUGUCUCGGAUUGCGAAGGUAUUCCGGCUGGAACGUCCUGCAUAGUUCGCUGCGCAGCCCCCUACUACCUAGGCAGCGUCAGGCCGGCCUCCUGCUCCAUCAACAACACUCGCUUAGACGGCCGUGCCGAGCUACCAGUUCGUCCGGUCUGCACCUGGAAUCCAGCGGAGCUUUGUCCUGAUCCUCCAAGUUGGCCGGCUGGCUAUGCUUUCGAUGAUGAGACCGGCACCUGGGUGUGCGCCCCUGGCUAUGCGGGGACAGCGAUUCGGCGGUGCGCGCUGCGGCUUUCCAGUCCCAACUCUGCUCAGUGCAUUCCAGAGGCAACUUUUCUCGGCUGCUUCCCGCUGACGCCAUGUGUCGAGCCUGUUGUGAGGGACUGCACCUAUAACACGACACUGUCCGCGAACUUGACGCCUGGCUCAACGGGCCUGAUCUACUGCAAUGUUCCUUACGAUGGGAUCCCGAGCCUGGCGCAGUGCCCGAUCGACAACAACCGCGAGGGCCAGGAGCCGGCGUAUACGCUUCCUGACUGCACGCAUGCGUGCCCUCCAACAGUCGGAGAUCCUGUUCCGCCUGGCUUCGUCUGGCAGCCAGACUCGAAGGAGUGGGUGUGCGACGUCGGAUAUCUCAGCCCAGCUGAGGUGAACUGCACCACCAACAUUGCAUGCGAGUGGAAGUUGGACUUUGGGGGCUGUGAGGAGCUUCAGCCGUGUGCCGACCUGAACAUGACCAGCUGUGUGGUGGAUGGAGACGCCUGUGUGAACAUGGGCUACGGGGACACAUGCACAUUGAGUUGCAGGGCGCCACAUUUUCUGGGUGUCAGCACGGUUGCGACCUGCGCCGCUGACAACAUCGUAUUCGGCCGUGAGCUGCAGUUCACGCUGCCAAGUUGUGAGGUGACCUGUCCUGAUCCAGACAAUCCUCCAGCGGGAUAUCGGAAGCUCGGCACAGAGUUCGGGGUGUGGGAGUGUGCUGCUGGCUAUGCAGGGACUGCUGUGAAAAGCUGCGAUACCUCAUCGUACGAGGAUGGUUGCAUAACGACCACUGUGCUCAGCGGAUGCUUGCUCAUCGUGCCAUGUAGAGCUCCGGAUCCCAGGACUCAGCCGCCCUGCUUCUACGACACCUCCAUGUGCCUCUCCAUUCCUUCCGGUAGCAGUUGCACCGUCACCUGUUUGGCGCCAUACUCCGGCACUGUGGGUCGAGGAAGCUGUCCUGUCAACAACACAGAUCCGAACAGGCCCUUGGCAUACGAAUGGCCGAUCUGCUCCUUAGACCCAUGUCCGGAUCCGGAUCCCAUGCCAACUGGCUAUGUCAAAGUUACAGGUGGCAACCUGUCCUGGCGCUGCGCAGACGACCAUGUCGGUGUCCCUGCAAUUUCUUGUGACGCUACGCUGCCAGAUCCUACAUCAGGCAUCGUGAACUGCAGUGUCGUCUCAAAGCUCACUGGGUGCAUCGGCAAGGUGCCUUGCGUACCUUUGCCUCUGGAUACCUGCAUGCUUGACUCCUCCAAUUGCAGCGGCGGCAUCCCAGCCGGUGAGUCAUGCGACGUUAACUGCAAGUUCCCGUACACUGGAACCCCGGGCGAGGCAAGCUGCCCUUCGGUGAACAGCGAUCCUUAUUUCCUGCCGACCCUGAUGCCGCCCAGUUGUUCGGUGGACUGCUCGCAGCUGGAGUCCAGAGCUACUGGAUAUCGUAGGAAGAUCAACGAGACGGGUUGGGAAUGUGAUGAUGGUUUUGCCGGAAUUGUGCGAGAGGAUUGCUACUUGGAGUUCGACGUAGAGCCAUGCGGGACUCCUCAGCUGCUUCUGUCGGGCUGCUUGCCGCUGUCGGACUGCUUGGCUCCAAUGGUCGACCUCUGCGCGUUCAACGUGUCUGAUUGCCAAGAUGUUGCGCGAGGUAGCUCCUGUAACAUCUCCUGCAUCUUGCCCUACACUGGAUCGCCAACCGUGGCAAGCUGCCCGGUGAUGAACACCGACGCACUUCAGGGGCUUGAGCUCGUGCUGCCGGCCUGCAGCUUCGCGGUGUGCCCUGAUCCAGCCGUGCUUCCGCUCGGCUUUGUGCGCCACGAGAACGGCACCUAUGGCUGUGACCGAGACUACAUAGGUACCGUUGACCGCCGUUGCACAAAGCUCCCCUACUCGGGCACAGCCUUGGGCAAUGCUGCAGAAGGUCCGGCCUGUUUCGCUGAAGCAGCAUUCUCCGGAUGCAAGGUGGUUGCUGAAAUCGUGCCCUGCCAACCUCCGGUUGUUGACCCAUGUCUCCACAACGCUUCUUCGUGCACUGGGGGCGCCCUUGCUCCAGGCGGAAGCUGCGAGAUUGGAUGUCUGCUGCCUUUCUACACAGGUAAUCCUGUUCCGGCUUCUUGCCCACUGGACAACAUCAAUACCACGGGAGGAUUGGUCUGGACUCCGCCGGUGUGUAGUCUGUGGUGCCCAGAGCCCACGCUGGAGGAGGAGCCGGCAUAUGGACGAAAUCCUGAAGGAGGCAGCAGCCAAGACAGCAGCGGGUGGGUUUGCAACCCCGGCUAUGCGGGCACCGCGCAGGUCUCUUGUGCAUUACUUCCUCCCAGCAGGGGGCAGCAGUGCGGUGUGGCAAGGCUCAUGAUGUCUGGCUGCAGCCGACUCGAGCCCUGCGUGCCGCUGCAAGCGUACGGCAUGGAUUUUCAGGUGCGCCUUCCGGCAUUGCCUCCUGCCCGCGGAGAGUGGCAGCUGGAAUCUGGAGAAGGCUUCGAAAUCGAUGCUUCGGGAUGUGCGGCAUUGGGCCCUGGACAGGCAUGUCUCAUUGGCUGCCGACCUCCAUUUGUGGGAGAGGUGGUGGAAGCAGUCUGCCCAGUGGGGAACACCGAUCGCUUCCAAGCACCCAUUCCCCACAAGACGCCGCUUUGCGAGCUUCGCUGUCCUGACCCGCAGAUGGUGCCACCGGGUUACCGGCUCAUCAAGACACAGGGCCGGCCGCCCAUUGCUGGCACGGCGGGCGAGGGUGGCGAAUGGCAAUGCACUCCUGACUUCACGGGCCUGCCUCUGAAGCACUGCAAUGCGACUGCCGGAUGCAACGAAACAGAUGCCGAGCAGCUGGAUGAAUCAGGAGGCUGUGCCAACUCGGUGGAGCUCUCGAUAGAACUCACUGGAUGCGUGAAGCGAGAGCCGUGCCAAGCCCCCACCUUGGACUCGUGCCGCUUGGAGAGCUUUGAAUGCCCAGCUGGUCUGCUGGACCCUGGUUCGUCAUGCACAGUGCAAUGUCGCUUCCCGUUUGUUGGGGAGGCAACAGCGGCACACUGCCCGCACGAGAAUGUCGUUUUUGGGCACGGCUUGAUCUGGACACCGCCGGACUGCACGCUGCCCGAAUGCUACGACCCAGUUCCGGAAGGCUACCAAUACGGCAAGAAUGGAUGGGAGUGUGCUGAAGGUUACUUUGGCUUGGCAGUACGCAGCUGCACAUCAGAUGUCAAUUGCGAGCGCGAAGUGGCUCUCUCAGGCUGCACCAAGCUGCAGCCCUGCAGCUUGCCGAGCAGCCGCGAUCGCUGCCGAUACGAUUUCACUUCGUGCCUCGCGGCUUUGGACGGACAGAGCUGCGAAGUUCGCUGCUUGGAACCCUUCUACACCAGUCGCUCUGGUCAAGCUGGCCUUGCACUAUGUCCUGCAGGAAACGUUGACCCGGAGCUGGAGCUGCAAGUCUUGUCGCUCCCAGACUGCGUGCCGGAGUGUGCUGCAGCAGCACCUCCAGGCUACGUCUCUGAGGGUGCUGGGUGGCGAUGUGAGGAGGGCUAUCUGGGCACUGCAAGCACCAGCUGCACCGUCACAGAGGUUGCUGGUAGCUGCAUUGCCGACUUUCAAGCAUCGGGGUGCUUGGCUAUUCAGCCUUGCAUCCCAAAGGCUGCGGAAAUCCCUUGCAUGUACGACAUGGAGGCCUGCAAAGGGCUGAGGGCUGGAUCGACUUGCGAAAUCACGUGCAAGCAUCCAUUUCGGGGCAGCUCCACGACGGGCAGUUGUCCUGCCGACAACACAGAUCCACUGAGAAUGGUAGAUGCAGAUCUGCCAGACUGCUUCGUCAAGGCUCCUUGUCCGGAUCCAGCAGGUGGAAUACCAGAGGAAUACAGAUAUACGGGCAACGUACUUGAGCCGGUUGCCUGCUCCGAGGGGUAUGCCGGCCCAGCGAGGCGGGAGUGCGUGGCCAAACUGCUUCCAAACAGCACGGACACAUGCCUUGUCGAGGGAAAUUUCACUGGAUGCGUCAAUAUUGUGCCAUGCUUAGCCCCACAGAUUGCAUCGAAUGAUUGUGAGCUGAACACUACAUGCGGGCCCAUGGUCGCUGCUGGGGACAGCUGCGAGACCGCUUGCAACAUGCCACUUCAGGGACAGACGACUGUGGCACGGUGCCCGGCAGACAAUACUGAUCCGAAUCGUCCCGCAAUGUGGAUACGUCCAAGCUGCAGCUGUCCCGACCCGGCCAUCAUCCCUCCUGGAUAUGCCCCGGCACUGGGGCAGUGGGAAUGCUUGGCCGGAUAUGUGGGGCAGGCAGCAAAGCUCUGCUUAUGUCGAGCUGAUGAGCCAUUGUUGCGCGGAUGCUACUCUCCAGUGAUUUGUGGUGCUGCCGGCUUCACCGAUUCGGACACUAGAAGAGGCUUUGUUGGAGGAAGGCUGCAGUUUGGGCCCUCGACCCUGGAUGGGACGACAGACGAGGAUGGCGUCUCCAGCUAUCAGGUGUUUUGGGCCGAUGACUGUGGGGCACCGCUAAGAGACAGAAUGCCAAUUCUUACAGUGCCACCGCGCACCGCAGGUGGACCCUCCAAUCUUUGGCCCGAUGGCUGCUGCAAGACAGAUGUAUAUUCUGUGAACAUCCCUGCCAUGGAGUUGCCAGCCGAGGCCCGGCAACUGUUGAUCCUCGUGCUCACAAGCUCGGGACCGGCGCCCGAUGGGUUAGUCAUCCCCUUAGAGGACAGCAACUACGAAGAUACCGUGACUGUUCCACCCAAAGGUACGGUUGGCAGCGGUGCCAGCCGCAGGUGGGCUUGCACGUGGCUUCUGAUGGCAUGGCUUGCAGUGCUUGCAGCCAUCCAUCGCGAAUAG